AUGAGUGAUCAAACAACCGAAACUUUCGGUCGAUUACUGUCUGAACACAGAAAGGUUCGGAAACAACACUUGGACUAUCUAUUAAAUGUCGUGGGUGACGAAAAGUGGAAGGCGUCGAAGGAGUUCAUGCCGGCAGUAAAAACAUUCGUUUACCCAUGCUUUUUCGAUGAAGACCAAGCAUGUCGCGAAACGACCAUAAAAAUUGUAAAGACUCUGGUAGGCACUGGGACUGGGUGUGUUGAAGACAUCGCACCAAUUAUUUGUGUCAUACAAAACUAUAUAACACACAAAUAUCAAUUUAUUGUAUAA